AUGGAUGUGACUGUUCGUGCCGCUGUAGAAACAGAUCUGCCACAGGUGCGUCAGAUAUUCGAGUACUAUGUGCUGAACACAGUGGUCUCUUUUCUCGUACAGCGGCCACCGCCGGACUAUGUUGCUGCUCGUUUCCACAAUGCAAGGGCUCGCCACUUGCCAUAUCUGGUUGCUGUUGACGCAAAUGGUGAGGUUGUGGGAUACUCAUAUGCCUCAGCCUUUCGUGGCUUCAUGUUGGGCUAUGGACAUUCUGUGGAAAUCAGCCUUUUCUGUGACCCUAGGCACCAGAACAAGGGGAUAGGCAGCAAGAUGAUCAAGCAGCUCCUCGAAAUACUCCGACAGACCAAGCACAUUUCCACAGAAGAUGGUCACGAAGACAACCCUGUUCAAUUUGACAUCAGAAAGGUCUUUGCGGUCAUGGCGAUAGAUGAAGAGGCCCCUAGCCAGGGACUAGCACUGCGAGAUUGGUACAAACGGUGGGGAUUUGAAGAAGUGGGAAGACUCAAAGGUGUAGGAUCCAAAAAGGGAAAGAUGAUUGACACAAUGUACCUGGAGUUACAUCUACAGUGAUUAGGCGAUCCUGGAGGCACUCGAAAGGUACUCUAUGAGAAUCAGUGGGUCGAUCCUUUCUCUGAGAAUUUGUCCUACCAGUUCUGCCGCCAUGCUCCAGUUUGCAGGAUAACAUUGGGAAAGUCAGCAAUCAGUCCAUCCUAAGACCAAUGGCAGAUUUUGAAGAGAAUUAAUACAAACUUGGCAAAUGCAUUGGAUCAAACGUUUCGAAGCCUCUCGCGGUUUGCAUCUCGGAAUG